ACGGAGGCCUCCGGCAGACGCUGUGAGGAGAGGAGCCGAGGCGGUCAGUACCUUCGAGGAAAUGAAGGAACCAGAUGAUCAGGAUACUGAUGGGGAGAAAUCAGUUACAUCGAAGAGUGAAGGGAAGAAGUCUCUGAGGUCUUCUAAAUCAGAAUCAAGAUCUCCUGUUGAAGAAGAUAACACAUUUUUAGAAGAUGACACAGAUGAAACAUUUACUGAAGGGGAAGGAUCAUAUUUAGAAGAAGACUCAGAUGAGGAACGUUUGGAAGGAAGUUUGAGUUCAUUUCAGUAUGAUGAUUUGCAAAGCACUACAGUACCUCAGCAAACCCCUGCCCCAGCUGUGGAAGAAGCAGAGGAGGAAGUUAAGAAGAAAAUAUCAGAGAGAUUCUUCUAUGAUUAUAUGGAGCUUGCUUCGAUGCCUUUUGUGACUCUGGAUUCAAACAUACCACUGGAUCUUCUCACACUCGUACAUUCUUUUGGUUAUGAAUGUAGAAAGCGAGCCAACCUACAACUUCUGGACGACAGUAUUGCAAUGUACAUAGCUGGGAACCAACUGAUCUUUCUGAAUUUGAAAACCAAGGAACAGAUCUACCUGCGAAGUAGCAGUGGUGAAGGAAUUGGCGUCAUUGGGGUUCAUCCACAUAAAACUUAUUUCACAGUAGCUGAAAAAGGAAGUUUUCCAGAUAUUAUCAUCUAUGAAUAUCCUUCUCUGAGACCAUACAGGAUCCUUCGAGAUGGGACUGAGAAGGGAUAUGCUUAUGUGGACUUUAACUACAGCGGUACCUUGCUGGCCUCUGUUGGUAGCAACCCUGACUACACACUGACUAUCUGGAACUGGAAAGAAGAACAACCCAUACUGAGGACAAAAGCUUUUUCUCAGGAAGUUUUUAAGGUUACUUUCAAUCCUGAUAAUGAAGAGCAGCUUACUACAUCGGGAUCAGGUCACAUCAAGUUCUGGGAAAUGGCAUUUACAUUCACAGGUCUCAAGCUGCAGGGAUCACUAGGUCGAUUUGGCAAAACAACCACUACUGAUAUAGAAGGCUACAUGGAGCUCCCAGAUGGGAAAGUGCUCUCAGGGUCAGAAUGGGGCAACAUGCUGCUUUGGGAAGAUGGUCUGAUCAAAGUGGAGCUCUGUCGAGGAACAAGCAAGUCAUGUCACAAUGGUCCCAUUAACCAGAUAAUGCUGUAUGAGGGUGAAGUUAUCACUGUUGGGUCAGAUGGAUAUGUUAGGAUAUGGGAUUUUGAGACAAUAGACACUGCUGAUAUAAUAGAUGAGACUGGAUUGUUGGAGAUUGAGCCUAUUAAUGAACUUCAAGUAGACAAGAAUGUGAAUCUCUUCUCUAUGAUAAAAAUGAAUGAAACUGGAAAUAACUUUUGGUUGGCUCAGGAUGCCAGUGGAGCCAUAUGGAAGCUUGACCUUAGUUUUUCAAAUAUUACCCAGGACCCAGAAUGCCUCUUCUCCUUCCAUUCUGGAGCUAUUGAAGCCGUAGCUGUUUCUCCUCUCACUUAUCUCAUGGCCACAACUGGCUUGGAUUGCUCUGUUCGAAUCUAUGAUUUUGCUAGCAAAAUUCCUUUGGCCCAGAUGAAAUUCAAACAAGGAGGUACUGCCCUUGUUUGGGUACCCCGAAUGGUAAACUUCACUGGAGCACAAAUUAUUGUAGGAUUUGAAGAUGGAGUUGUUCGAAUUCUUGAACUUUAUGAUCCAAAAGGGCUCACAAUUUUUGCAGGACGGAAGAAAAUUUUGGAUGCUGAUGUUCAGUUGAAACAGGUUUUCAAACCCCAUACUGCUUGCGUCACUGCUUUAGCUUAUGAACGUGAUGGGGAAAUUCUAGCCACAGGGAGUAAAGAUCAAACUGUUUUCUUCUUUGAAGUGGAAAGGGAUUAUAAGCCAAUUGGUUAUAUUAAUACUCCUGGACCUGUGUGUCAGUUAAUGUGGUCUCCUAUGUCUCAUCCUGAAAGUACUUUACUAAUUAUCUGUGAAAAUGGCUAUAUUCUUGAAGCUCCACUUCCAACCAUAAAGCAAGAAGAGGAUGAUCAUGAUGUAGUCUCCUAUGAAAUCAAAGACAUGUGCAUAAAAUGUUUCCAUUUUUCAAGUGUCAAAUCUAAGAUUCUGAGAUUAAUAGAAAUUGAAAAGAGGGAGAGGCAAAGGGAGUUGAAGGAGAAAAUAAGGGAAGAAAGGAGGAACAAGCUAGCAGCAGAGAUGGGAGAAGAUGGAGAAAAAGAAUUUCAGGAGGAGGAAGAGGAGGAAGAGGAGGAGGAGGAAGAAGAGCCAUUACCUGAAAUAUUUAUUCCAUCAACCCCCUCUCCCAUCCUCUGUGGAUUUUACUCAGAGCCAGGGAAGUUCUGGGUUUCUUUGGGUGACUAUGAUUCUGGUUUUCUGUAUCACUGUGAGUUCCCCCCUUGUGAUGAAAGCAGUGAUUUCAAAGAACAAAAAGAUGAACCUAUCGAUGUCCGUUAUCUUGAGGAUACAGAGGAUAAUCCCAUCCAAACUAUCACUUUCAACAUUAACAAAGUUAUGAUGUUUUGUGGAAUGAAAAAUGGAGCAAUUCGAGUCUAUGUCCUAAAUCAGAAUGAUCCUUCAUUGACCAGUUUGGUGGACUACUGGCACUUCAAUAUGCACGACAAUAAUUAUGGAUGUAUUAAAACUAUUGCUAGUAGCUUUGAUGAUCGUUUCUUGGUGACUGCUGGAGCAGAUGGUAAUAUCUUUGUUUUCAACAUUUUUUCUGAAUUUAUGCUAAGGAAAGACAUGAAGGCCAAAGUUCCAUCUCCCAGGUUUGGAAUUGAAACAGAGCCAAUUCCAGAAGACAUUGAAGAUCCCAAAGCCUACAGUAUCGAGAAUGCUAGGAGAAAAAGAGAACAUGACAAGUUAAUGAAAGAAGUGGAAGAAAUAAAGGCACAGAAGAGAGAGAAAAUCAAAGCUUUGAGGAAUGAAUUUUGUAAACUAUUAGAAAUGAAUGAAGAAUUACCAAAGCAUAUGCAGUUUAAACGAACAGAUUUUGAUGUAGAUUCCCAAAUCCGUGCUGAGAUGCACAGAAAAACAGCUUUCAAAAUUCAACAAGUGGAAAAGGAAUUAGCUUGGGAAAAAGAGAAACAUGAACUCGGCCUAAUGAAGCUAAAGAAUCGAUUUCGAGAUCCACUGGAAAGUGAUACUAUUGUGGUUCAUGCCAUAAUGAGUGACCACAAGAUAUCCUCUUACAGGCUGGUGCAGCCCUCUAAGUACUCCAAAUUCAAACGAGCUAGUCAAUCAGAGAGAAAACCAAGCAAAUUGGACAGGUUUGAAAAAGAGGGACCUGGAAGAAAGGACAGUCAGAGAGAUGCAGGUGGGAGUGUUACCAUACAAGAAGAAUCAAUAAUAGAAAAAGGGAAGAAAUUUCGGCCUAAAACCCUAAGUGAAAUUAUGGUGGAAAAUCAAAUUGAGAAAACGAGAAAACUUAUAUUAAAAGCUGAAAGGGCACAACUAAAGAUUCAACAGCGAAAAAAAGAAUGGGAGGAACUAUACAAGAGUAAACCUGGUGAUGACUAUGAAGAUCCCAAAGAUCUUCAAGCCAUCAAAGAAGCCCAGGUGUACAUGGGAGAUUUCAAUCUGAAGACAGCCCCAGACUACAAGAUACCUGAGCACAUGAGAAUAAAUGCGGCCAAGAAGGAAGAGGAACUAGGACACCUAGAUUCUUUGGUCCAUGGAAAUAAAAGGCACAUGAACAAGUGCAUUCUCUCUCUUAGAGACCUUAAAGUGGCUGUUGUUGAGGAAAUACAGUGCCUGGUACAAGAACUGAAGAACAUUCAGUCGACUCUUCACAUAUCCAAGCACAUACCCAUUCCCAAAAUUCCUCAGAUACACCCAGAAGAAGUUCCAGAAAAGAGAUUUCAGUAUGAUGAAGAAACUCUCCUAAAUUUUAAGCAACAGCAAAUGCAAAGUAACGAUGAGAAGUCCCCCGGAGUGGAACAGAUAGGGUCUGGAGGUCCAGGUGGAGGAUUCCUCAAGCUCUCUUCUGGAAAGGAUGGGGAUUUGACAACCCGCGAUUCAAUAUCUAGGUCAUCAAAGGCAUCAACAUUCAGCCUAGAUAUACCAAAGUGUAUGGAAUUUGAAAAAGCAGAGCCAACGGAUGUGGAGCUGGAAAUUAUGAAGAGAGACGAGAUUAAACAUGUGUACAUGCAACAGUAUUUGGUCAACAGGAUCAAAGAACUGGUUGUCACUUUCGAUGCAGAACUCCGUCUCCUUAGACAUCAGAAACUGAAACUAGAUACUCAGAUGAAAUUAUCUGACCUGCACCAUGUCACCUUAUUUCAAGAAAUACUUCUCCUGAAGAAUUUUGAAAAACAGGAGAACAUACUUCAAGAACGUGUUAAUUCCUUAGACAAAGAGGAACAGUACAUGCAAUGGAAAAUAAAUGAAACUCUUAAAGAGAUGGAAGAGAAAAAGAAUGAAAUCACCAAACUCCAGGAGCAAGAAAAGGCACUCUAUGCUGGUUUUCAAGCAGCCAUUGGAGAAAACAAUAAAUUUGCAAACUUCCUCAUGAAGGUCCUAAAGAAGAAGAUUAAACGGGUAAAGAAAAAAGAAGUUGAAGGAGAUGCUGAUGAAGAUGAGGAGAGUGAGGAAUCAAGUGAAGAAGAAUCUAGCUUGGAGAGUGAUGAAGAUGAGUCUGAAUCCGAAGAUGAGGUUUUUGAUGAUUCUAUUUGCCCAACAAACUGUGAUGUGGCUCUUUUUGAGCUGGCCCUUCAACUUCGAGAGAAAAGGCUGGACAUCGAGGAGGCUUUAGUUGAAGAAAAGAAAAUUGUUGAUAACCUCAAAAAGGAAUAUGAUACAUUGUCAAAAAAAGUGAAAAUUGUCGCAACUAAUCUGAAUGCAGCAGAGGAGGCCCUGGAGGCUUAUCAGCGAGAGAAGCAGCAGCGGCUGAAUGAACUGCUAGUUGUGAUUCCGCUCAAGCUCCACCAGAUAGAGUAUGUGGUAUUUGGAGAAAUACCUAGCGAUCUUUCUGGUACUUUGGUCUUCUCUAACCACGCCUUGAGACGGCUGCAAGAACGAAUCCGUGAGCUCCAGGAGGAAAAUUCCAAGCAGCAAAAACUUAACAAAGAAUGGAGAGAGAGACGUAAACAGCUCAUCCGAGAAAAGAGAGAAAUGACAAAAACCAUAUACAAAAUGGAGGAAACAGUCCGGCAGCUCAUGAUCAGCAAGUUUGGCCGCGUGGUAAAUCUAGAAGCCCUUCAGACGCUUUCUGUUAAUACAACACUUGAAGAACUGAAGAUCAGAAAACUUCGAAAGGAGCUAGCGAAUGCGAAGGAGAUGAAGAUGUGGGAGGAAAAGAUUGCUCAAAUGCGAUGGGAACUGAUGAUGAAGACAAAAGAACACACCAGAAAGCUUUAUCAGAUGAAUGAUUUGUGUAUUGAAAAGAAGAAACUUGAUUCUCGGUUGAAUACGCUACAGAAUCAGCAGGGCAAUGCCUUCCAGGGCCCUCGGGAAGCAGAUGUUGUGGCAAGAGAGGAGGUCACUGAAUUGAUCCAACUCCAGGCGGAAAGGAUUUCGGCCUUAAAGGAGGAGAUUGCUCUUUUGCGUAGGAAAGGUGGUCUUAUCCUCCCACCCAUUCAGUCUCCACAAGAGAAACAGAUACAGCCCGUGGACCUUUGAGUUUGCUACUUUCUCAAACCCAUACAAGAUUUCUGACAUAACUCACCGGAAGUUCUGUCUCAUCACCUCCAACAAUCUUAUUACUUUAAACUGAACUUGCCUGAAAGUCUAAAACCAGAUCCAGUCACGUAGCUUUAAGGAUCUCUCUACAAUUUGGUUAUCUUAGAACGGACUGCAGCACCCAACCUCUGUUAUGAAACUGAAUCAUUUUAGAUAUUUCGAAACUACUAGAUUGAAUAUGAAGUCUCGGAAGGCUGUGUUUCAUGAUUGCAGCAAAUCAUCUGUAAUAUAUUUUGUUUUAGGAAAAUUUGAUUUGGGGGUAUGCUGAAUUUUUAGCCCUUGGCAAGAAAAACUAUCAUUCAGCAAUUUGUGAGAAAACUUUGUUUUCUUGAUCCUUAGAAAAUAAACUUAGAUGUUAUUAAGUGUUCUCUGAUAGGAUGCAGGAGAAAAGGACAUUUUGCCAACUAUAUCUUAGAAUAGAAAUGCAAAUUUCAGUUUUGCCGUUGUUGACUUCAUAAAGCAGUUUUUUGAGGGCUCAGGAUUCAGGAAAUACAAACAGACAUGGCAGAGCAGUUUGCUUUGGGUUGGCAGAAAGCAGGAAAAUAACCAGCCUUCUUGGAUUGCCCACAGUUUUUGUAGACUCCUCAGUUCUGAGUGGAGCAGAGGGGCAUGCUUAAUAAAACAGUCAAUGAAGAGGCUUUUCUUUAAAGAUUUCUGCAACUCCAUCAGAAUUCUAAGUUUUCCCCACAGUUGCUCAUGUCCUCUGCCAUCUUCUUUCAGGUUUUACUUGGGCCAUUUUCUGGUUUUGAUAUAGAUGAGGAGAUAAUGAAAUAGAUUUACCUUAGAGAUCAUCUUUAACAAUCACCUUUGAUUACGCAGAACAUUUUAAACUAAUUUGAGUAUCCUUUUGGUUUGGGGGUAAGUGCUCAUUGAAGCUCCCGGCUGUAACCAUUGCAGGGUAAUCUCAGUGACGUUUGGAAUCCUGUUAGUAACAGAGCAUAGCUCUUUAGAUGAACAGCUCUGUAUUAAUGAGCUACUCAUUGAGGCUGUUCCAGGAUAAGCUGGUCACUGAGAAGGGCGGGUGAAGAAAGGAACAUUGCAUAAACAUAGAAGGGAACUCAGCAAUGCCAAGUCUUCCUCACCUGUGAUUAGCCUGCUAAUGUGCCCCCCAAAAUUAUAGACAGGACUUGCUUUCUUUGUACCUCAGAACAUUCUUAGAGGUGGCCACUUGGCCUAUUGUCUUCCUAAGAUUCCUUCAUAUUCCCAUUUAAGAGGUCAGAAUACCUUAUUGUUUGCACUUGUCAUCAUUAAUUUCUGAUGUAGUCACUUCUCUACUGGAGAAGUGACUUUUUAAAAUCACUUUCUGUGUUGUAUAUCCUAAGCCAUGUGUGCCUUUCAAGUAUUUUUAAAAAUAUGCUAGUCAUA